AUGAGCAACUUCCGGAACCCGUUCGCCCUCGGCAACCAAAUCCCGUUCCUUUCCGUUCUACAACAAAAUCCGCUCCAUCUACAGCAGCAGCUUCUCAGCCUGGCCUCAGUCAGUGGAACAACGCCAGAGGAUGACGAUGAGGGAGAGAAUAUGGGUGGAGGAGAACCCGAGGAUCUAACCCUUGGGUAUAAAAAGGAGAAAAAGGAAGAUGAUGGGCAUGACGUGACCCCAACCGGGGCUGGACAACCCAAUUGGAGCUACGAGGAACAAUUUAAACAGCUAUACGAAUUGUCGAGCGAUCAGAAGCGCAAGGAGUGGCUGGAUGAUUGGCUGUCUUUUAUGCAUCGAAUCGGAAAACCCGUCACUCGCAUCCCAAUAAUGGCAAAACAAGUGCUCGACCUCUAUGAACUCUAUCGACUCGUCGUCCAACAUGGAGGACUUGUCGAGAUUAUCAACAAGAAAUUGUGGAGAGAAAUCACAAAGGGGCUUAAUCUGCCAUCAUCUAUCACUUCUGCUGCAUUCACACUACGUACACAGUACCAGAAGUAUUUGUAUGAUUAUGAAUGUGAGAAGGAGGGACUGUCGAAUCCCGCUGAUUUACAAGCAGCUAUUGAUGGGAAUAGACGUGAGGGUCGUCGUAACACUGGUGCUCCAUCCUUCGGUCAUCCUCUCUAUCCUCUCGGUCCAUCCGGAGGUCCAGCCUCCCUCCUCGGCAAGCAUCCCCUAGAUUUCUUGGAUGACGACUCGGGUCUUGCUCCCCAGAAUCCAUUCAUGGCCGCGUACAGGGCUGAGCAACAGCUCAUUAUUGAGGCACAACAACGGCAAUUGCAAAAUGAAUUUCGAGCGGCAGCCGAGGCGAUGGCACGUCAAAACCUAGGGCUCGGUGCCCUGGGGCUCCAGGGGAAUCCAUUGGGAAAUAAUGGAAGGCCAUCGGGAAGGGAGAGCACCUCUUCUGUUGAUAGUGAACAUCAAGCCAAAAAAGCCCGAAUCUCCCAUCCAGACGAAGGUGCCCCAUCGGCUACCGUAACCGCCUCAACCCCACAACCCCUCCCAGCAACCAACAUUAAAAUCAACAAUUCUACCGAAGGCGACAAGAAAUCGAUGGUGGUGUCAAUCGAGCUGGACGGGACGACGUAUCAUGGCGUACUUUUCGCCAAUGCCCCCGUUACCACCGAA